AUGCCUUCAGGCUCUCUUCAUAAAAAGAAAGUGUCAAGAAGACCUGGAUACAUGAGGCUUGAAGCUCAGCAAGAGAUAGAAUUUCAGUCCCGGGGUGCCUGCAAACCAUUCAGCCCAGAAGAGCUCAGACAUGGCAGGCAGCAUUCUGGAGACUUUGGGAACUGCUCUAUACCCAGAAGAUGCCAAAACAAUUUUGAAUUCUUAUGCUGUAGUGCAGCAAGUAGUGCUGUAGUUCCUGCUAAUGGAGCAACAGCAUUGGCUGCUACUGGAAAUAUGUCAGGACGCUGCAAAAAUGUUUCCUGUUGCCAGAAUCCACAAUUAGAAAACACAGUGAUGGGUCUUCAUGCCACUGCAGCAGCAAGCAAAGGAGAUGUUUCUACUGUAUGCUGUACACAGCAGAAAUGCCAUGGCACUAAAGUUUGCGAGUCCCCAAACAUAUGUGCUUUGGAUCAGAGAGAAGUGAGUAACAACUGUGAAUAUCGAAAUGGAGAUACUGUUUCUCAUUCUGUUGGUACACAUGACAGCUUUAGUUCAAGUUUCAGCUUCAUACAGCUCUCCCUGAACUCUGCCUCUACGGUAAGCGAUGCUGAAGGCAAACCAACUCUCAAGAAAUCUGAGUAUGUUCUGCCUCUGAGUACCACAGGAAAUCCACAGAACCCGGAAAAGGUGACAAAAACUCAUGAGCACUUGGGAGCUUUGCAUUGCUUCUCCAGAUCUAGUGAGGACUUGGAGUAUGAAAAUGACACCACAGCAAAUGAUAAACUACAGGAGUGUGAGACUAUUUCUCUCUCAGAUACAGAUGCAGCAUUUUCAUAUUCUACAGAUUCCUCGGAUGCAGCAUCUGCUGGCUCUUCUGUCACCUCAGGCUAUGAAAGUAGCUUUACUGUUAGUGACCAUAACUGGGAUACUUUGAUGAAAAAAUAUGAACCAGUGCUACAGGACUGCCUGCUUGGCAACCGCAGUACAUUAAAGGUAAUAUCCUCGAUCUCACGGCUUCAGAGGCUUCAGGAAAAAGCAAUAGAGGAAGAUGACUAUGACAGAGCUGAUAAAUUUAGGUGGAGACUGGAAGAACUGGAGAAAGAGAAAAAAUCUUUACAGUUUCAGCUUCCUUCAAGACAUCCUUCAAUUAGCAGUUUUUUGGAUAGGUUUGUUACCCAAACACAAGUAGCAUUGCGCUGGGCUGCUGAUCAUCGGAUUAGACUCGAAGAAACUCAGCUUUGGCAUGAAAUCAAACACAAACUUUUGAGAUCCACUUACCAGGAGAGGAUGCAGGUUUCAGCCACAAAACGAAAACAACUUUUUCAAGAAAAGAUAUGUUUACAGAAGGAAAUUGAAGACCUCCGAGAAAGACUGGCCAUGUUAGAAGCAAAAGAUCGACAGCUAAGAAGAGAAAUUGAAGAACAAGAUAGUCUUACUCAGUCACAGGAUUGUGAACUGACUGCUUUACUUGGCUACAUUUCUUUGAGAGAACUACAGGAAAUAAGCAAGGCUGUGGAUGAGACUUUAGCAUCCUCCUAUCAAAUUCCAUUCAGUCUGGAUCUUCCAGGGACAAUAAAGAGCCUUCAGGAAAAGGAAAAAUCAUUCAGCAUGUCCAUUAAAGAAACUACUGCCAAAGUUUGUACCAGUCAGAAACUUUGCAGUACUUUGAGGAGGAAAGUGAGUGAUAUUGAGUGCCAACUACCAUCUCUGCUUGAAGCCAGAAUGCUGGCUGUUUCAGGAAGUAAUUUUGGCACUGCGAAGGAUUUGACAGAAGAAAUAAGAUUGUUAACAUCUGAGAAGGAGGGGCUGGAAGGACUUCUCAAUGAACUGUCGGUUCUGAGUGCCAAGAAUGUCCAAAAAUUAGAGAGAGUUAAAGAUGAUUACACCAGACUGAAACAAGAACUUGAACAAGGAGAGGCUGCCUUUGUGACCAGUGUGAAAGAAAAUGCUGAGAAGUACAUGGAAGUGCUGGAGGAUAAACUACAUAGCUGUGGGAGCCAGCUGCUACAAAGAGUGUGGGAAGCUGACUUGGAGGCCUGUCAGCUGUUGAUGCAAGGGUUUCAACUGAAAGAAACCAGUUGCUGUGCUUUUGAGGAGGAGAACGAAAUUAAUAAGAUGGAGAUGACUGCUGAUGGCCCAUCUGAUUCUGAAAACAGAAAAGAUCACUUCCCAAAGGACACAGAAUGGGAUGUUCUUCCCUGCCCCAAGCACAGUGAGCUUAAAGAGGUUACGGAAGACAUUUCAUUUGGAGCAGAGGGUCAUUUAUCUGAGGAGUUCUUCAUAUUUUCUGCAGAGUUGGGAGGAAAAUGUGAAGCAAUAAGUGAGAAAUUGGUGCAUCUGGAAGGUCAGCUGCAAACUUCCUCCUGCAGAGUUGAUGAAGGACUUGCACAGUCUCUGCAGAGGGAGAUCCAGGUGGUGAAGGAGACGCUCCAGACCGUGCUCGUCCAACUUCAGCCAGCCAGAGAGGCAGGAGAAGAAAAGGCAGGAGACUUUCUCUGUGACAGCUGGUGUCCAGGAAAACAAGAUUUGAAGGAAUAA